UAGACAAGGGAGUAAAAGCCCAAAAACAGUAAGAACGGUCACCUUUAUAACAAGAAACCAACAGACACUCUAAAUUCCAUGAGAAAACUUUGCGUCUCAGCAAUAUAACUGAUUGAGUAAUGCUCCAGUGCACCUUAAUUCGAGCUUGAAAACAAAUUUCAGGACGUGAAGCAGCAUAAUGUUGCUGUGUACACGCCAAAAAGCAAGCAAAACCUUACUCAAAAGUUAAGUUCCAUAACACCGGCAGCACUCCAAUCCAGUUAAACAAGCCACCUUCAAAACUUUAGAUGACCAUUAAUCACCAACAAACCGGAAAAGGAAGUUCCCUUUUUCAGAAUCUGGUGAAAGCUGGCUGCUUAUUUUCUGUUUCUUGCAAGGCAAAACGAGCUAACUCGGUUCCCUUUCCUUCCACUCAAGUGAAUUGUUCUGUUGCCUAUAAAUGUACUUUCCCACAAGAAUUCUGUCAAAAACAAGCCCGACAAGGAUCAAGAAGAAUUGCCAACUCAAACUACCUGCAAUGGAGAUUAAGGUGGAAAAUGACAACGAAUCGUCUCAAGAAAUCUGUGAACAAGAUGUGCCCUUACUGGUCAACAAAAACCUGCCCGAAGUAGAAAGAAACCUCAUCCAACAAGCCAUUAGUCAGACAUUUGAAAGCACGGCACACCUGGCCAACCUUCUGCCCACCGGCUCAGUGCUUGCUUUUCAACUUCUGUCCCCAAUAUUCACAAACCAAGGGGAGUGUGACACAGUUAGUCGAUCCUUGACUGCUGGGCUCGUGGCUCUCUGCGGGCUCUCAUGUAUUUUGUUGAGCUUCACUGAUAGCUUCAAGGACCAAAAGGGAAAUAUCUGUUAUGGAUUUGCCACAUUCCGUGGUCUGUGGAUAAUUGAUGGAUCAGUGACUCUACCACCAGAAAUUGCAGCAAAAUACAAACUGAAGUUUAUAGAUUUUGUCCAUGCCUUGAUGUCAAUAUUGGUUUUUGCAGCCAUUGCUCUGUUUGAUGAGAAUGUAGUGAACUGUUUCUAUCCGGCACCGUCAGCUGGGACGAAGGAGGUGCUCACAGCACUACCAGUCGGGAUUGGAGUAGCCUGCAGUAUGUUGUUUGUAGUUUUUCCCACUAAACGACACGGUAUUGGCUUCCCAGUCACCAACAGUUAAAACACGUUGCCUGUACUCGCUGUGCAAAUAUGCAUUUUCUUUCAUUUCAUUGAUACUUGAUUUUAUUGAUGUGAGUGGCAUCACCCCUACAUAUUCCUAUAUGUAAUCAUAACAAAGCAAGCCCUUUUUCUCUGUCA